AUGACAGGUGGGCCGUCGUGCGGGGCUCAGGGCCUUGCCUCCGAUGGGGGCUUUGACAGAGGAACACCUGCUUCCCGCCAGCUUGCCCACCUUCUCCAGAACCUGGGAGCUGAGUGUCCAGGCCUCAGUGACCUCCGGCAGAACUGCCCCCUCCGGCGGGACUCGGAGCAGCUCCGGGAGGCCACAGGGCCCUGGGGGAGAGCAGCCGGCAUCCUUGGCAUCCUCUGUUCAGGAAGGGAGCCCUUCUCUGGCUGA